AUGGAGGCGCGUUUGCCAGAUCGGUUGACUCAUCCAGCAGAGCAGAGCGCCGUACGCGACUGGUCGGGCGUGCCUCACCGCGCAUCGCUGUCUUGCCAGUUCCGCUCGUGUUGGUGUAGUUCUCCGUCAGCACCGCCCCGUUGCUCCGUGUACGCUGUGUCGAACGACCUUGACAAUGGCUUCGUCGCUGCGUACGUUGUUGUUUGA